AUGAUUCGCUGUUCAACUUCAACUACAAAAAUGACACAUAUCUUGGUGGUUUUUCAUAGUUGCGAUCAUUUAGCAUUAUCAUGCGGUACUCAACAUGCUAUCAAGAAUGUUGUUGUAGCCGGAAGUAUGUCAUCAUUCACCAGCGGAUCAUUAAGAGUCAAUAGAAUCAACAACACUCCACUGCUCACCUUUGAUCAUGGUCUUAUCGGCAACAACAAAUACGUAUCAUACUCGCAGUUCUCAAUGUCAACCGAUCAACAACCACCCAAACCAGAACCAGUCAUUGAAAAGCGUAGCAAGGGAGGUAUGAUCCUCAGACUCUUAGCACUACUACUCGUCGGCAAGAUGAGUUAUGAUACAGUACAAUCAGUCAAAGCAUAUAGAAAGGGUUCAAAACCAUUAGAAAUAUUCCUUAGUGAAGCUUGGAAUGAUGCUCUAUACCCCUUAUUUACAAUGGUUAAAGAAUCACCAGAAGUUGUCAGAGAAUUGGGAUAUCCAGUUAAUAUUGGAGCACCACCAACUGGGUCUACAUCACCCAUUACAGAAUUAUCACGUGAAUGUAUGAUUGGUGUCAAUUUCCCAAAACCAUCUAAAGAUGUUGGAACUUGGUUCUUGAAACCAGUCCCUCAACUUUCACAAAGUGGUGGUCAACAAUCUUCGUCAUCACAACAACAACAACAACAAAGACCAUACAGUACCUCUGCAGGUAAACCAUUAGUUGUACCACAACCAAACUCAUUCCCAUCAUUCCCAUACUGUGAAGUUACAAGUGAAGUUGUUUUACCAUUGAUUGGUGGUAAACCAGGUAGUGGAAAUGAAAAGGUUGGUGUAUUACACGCAUUUAUCUAUACCAAUGAGAGUGAUUGGAAUGUACUCAGCGCAAAGGUUAUCUAUCCAAAUGGUAAAUCAACUAUUGUAGUCGAACCAGAUAUCAAAGGUUAUCAACACCCAAAUCAAUUUGGUCAACAACAAUAA